GCGAGUAGCCGGUCGGCCUCAGCCCCAGCGUAGUCGGCACGCCCGCCCCUUGGCCGGGGCGGCAGGAAAGGAGCCGUAGCCCCGCGCGGCCGCACGAACGGCGCGGCGGCGCGCACCCCCUGGCAGCCGCGGCGCCCUUGGGGCCCACGAUGAUGGCGGAGCAGGUGAAAUGCGCCUCGGCGGGGGGCGGCUCCGGAGCGGGCUCCGGGCCGGUGGUGAAUGCGGAGCUGGAGGUGAAGAAGCUGCAGGAGUUGGUGCGCAAGCUGGAGAAGCAGAACGAGCAGCUGCGGAGCCGGGCGGCCAGCGCGGCCACCGCCCCGCACCUGCUGCUCCUGCCGCCGCCGCCGCCCGCCGCGCCGCCCCCCGCCGGGGCCUGCAGCCCGCUGGGACCGCGGAGCCCCCCGGCCGCCGCCUCCGCCUCGGGGGCCCUGGGGCUCGGGCUGGCUUUGGGCGGCGGCAGCGGGAGCGGUGGCUCCAGCCCCGCGUUCCCGGGUACCUACUGCCUGCCCAGCCCGGCGCCCUCCCUGCUCUGCAGCCUGGCGCAGCCCUCCGAGGCGCCCUUCGUCUACUUCAAGCCGGCGGCGGGCUUCUUCGGCGCGGGCGGCGGCGGGCCAGAGCCGGGGAGCCCGGGGACCCUGCCGGGGGAAGUCCCCGCGCCGCCCCCCACGCUGCUGGACGAGGUGGAGCCGCUGGACCUGGAGAGCGCGGCCUCCUGGCGGGACGAGGACGACUACACCUGGUUAUAUGUUGGCUCUUCAAAGACAUUUACAUCAUCAGAGAAAUCCCUGAGCCCUCUGCAGUGGUGUAGACAUGUCUUGGAUAACCCGACUCCAGAGAUGGAAGCGGCAAGGCGCGCCCUGUGCUUUAGACUGGAGCAAGCUAGCCGAUGGCGGAGUCUCUUCUCUUCAAAUGUCUCACUGGCUUUUCCUUAUAGUCCCGUUGCAAGACUCAGCCCUUAUAGCAAUGGCAUUAAUACUCCCAGCUUCUCUAAAACCUCAAAUAAAGCAAUACUAACACCUGAAAGAACAGGUUACACCUCCAGGGGCUCCCCUCUCAGUCCCCAGUCGUCCAUAGACAGUGAGCUGAGUACUUCAGAACUGGAGGAUGAUUCCAUCUCCAUGGGAUAUAAGUUACAGGACCUCACUGAUGUUCAGAUCAUGGCUCGUCUGCAGGAAGAAAGUCUCAGGCAAGAUUAUGCUUCCACUUCAGCAUCUGUGUCAAGGCAUAGUUCCAGUGUGUCACUAAGUUCAGGCAAAAAAGGGACAUGUAGUGAUCAAGAAUAUGAUCGAUUCAGUCUGGAGGACGAGGAAGAAUUUGAUCAUUUGCCACCACCUCAGCCUCGUCUCCCAAGAUGUUCACCUUUCCAAAGAGGAAUUCCCCAUUCACAGACUUUCUCCAGCAUUCGCGAUUGUAGGAGAAGCCCGAGUUCCCAGUAUUUUCCUUCAAAUAAUUACCAGCAGCAACAAUAUUAUUCACCUCAAGCCCACAGUCCAGAUCAGCAACCAAAUAGGACCAGUGGAGACAAGCUCCGAAGAAGUAUGCCUAAUCUUGCUCGGAUGCCAAGUACAACCACUGUCAGUAGCAAUGUUAGUUCUCCAGUCACCGUGCGGAAUAGUCAGAGUUUCGACUCAAGCUUGCAUGGAGCUGGAAAUGGAAUAUCAAGAAUACAGUCUUGUAUUCCAUCCCCAGGACAGCUUCAACACAGACUCCACAGUGUGGGACAUUUCCCAGUGUCUGUCCGGCAGCCUCUUAAAGCCACAGCCUAUGUGAGUCCCACCGUUCAAGGCAGCAGUAACAUGCCUUUAUCCAACGGCUUACAGUUGUAUUCCAGCACAGGAAUCCCCACACCAAACAAAGCAGCAGCUUCUGGGAUAAUGGGCCGCAGUGCACUUCCAAGGCCUUCACUGGCAAUAAAUGGGAGUAACCUGCCUCGAAGCAAAAUUGCACAACCCGUUAGAAGUUUCCUUCAGCCUCCAAAGCCUCUGUCUUCACUGAGCACUCUGAGGGAUGGGAACUGGAGAGACGGUUGCUACUAAUGCAGUUAUGUGCCCUUGAAGACUGGGAAAGAAGGGGAGAUGAGGGUGUGUUACCUAGCUGGCUGGGUAACAGUGGCCAUCAGGACAUUCUUUCCUUUUGCAUUUUAACAUAUUUACUGCAUUGUUUUUCACUGAACCUAUCGCCAGAGACUAAUUAUUGCACUUAAAUAUUUGCCUGAGAUACUGCACCAUUCUCAAAUCUAUGGUUGCAGUAUUGUGACCCUUAGAUCUAGGAAGUUUUUGUAGAACUGCUAUGUACCUGAAUCCUUUUUAAAGAUUUGAGAUGUAUCAAUAAUGCUUUCUUUGCCACAUGAGUUUUUUAAAGUAACUUGAUCAAUUUACUUAUGUGUUCUAAAUAUCUUCCCAUUCCAUGUUCUGUAUUUUAAUACAUUGUGUAUUUACAACUAGGUUCUAUAAACAUAUGUUUUGAAAUUUACUUUUUUAUAGUUUACAGGAAUUUUAUUUUUCUUUUUACACCUAUGUGAACCACUAUGGAACAACUUAAAUUUUGUGCCAUAAAAAUAUUUUUGUGGUAAGGUACUAUUUUUUUAGCUUUAGGGAUAUAUCAGCAGAAAUCCACCAUACAAUUUGAGAGACAUAAUUUUAUGAUGAAUGAGCACAACAUAAUCUGAAGCAUUGCAAGGAGAUAGCCAAACAGCAGAGUUAAAUAGUCUCGUCUUUUUCAUUGUUAAUUUAUUGUCACACAUGGGUUUCAUAUUUAUAAAGUCAUCACAAGCUCAUUGAACUUAAUACCUGCAAUGUUUGCUACUGUACCACAAUUGAUUUUCAAUACUUUAUUACAGAGGAUGAAACUGUAAUGUUUUAUUAACAAUGCUUCUGGAAAUGAAUGCAUUUUAAAGCAAAUAAAUCUUUUUGAUAGACCUUUUACAAAACCCAUUUGCACUAAUGAAUGCUUUCUUAUGGUAUAUGAAUUAAUAUUUGUUACUGUGUAUACUGCUGUUUUGGAAUGUUCAGAAAUAAAGACUAUUUCAGCAAUACCAAGUCAUGCAUGAAUGUGCAACACACACCUUAUAUGAUUCACUACAAUUACGAAAGCAGUUAUUGUUGCUAUGUGCUUUUACAGGGCA